AUGAAUCUGGCAAGCGAAAAUGUGCUGUUUGGGGUCAACGGUAAGCCAAACGGUGUUGACGACCCGGUGCGCAAUGGUAGCGCCUCCGGUGGUGAAGGUAGCAGUGGACCGGGCUCGCCGCACAGUGGCGAAGCUAGCAAGGCCGGUCCGGAUGUUGGCGGUGAGCUGAUGAAGAAACCGGUCGGUCUGCUGGACGAUAAGCUGAGGAAGCGCGUGCGUAAGCUGUCGCGCUCGAACAGCAAGGACGGUGUGCUGGGAGUGGCCGGCACGCCGAACUUUGUGUCGCCCCACCGGAAGUGGAAAAACAGCCGCCGUUCGCGGAACGGGUACGGCCGUGGGCUGCCGAAGAAGGGUGGCGCCGGGCGGAAGGGUGUGUGGGGCAAGCCGGGCUCGGAGGUGUACGACGAGCUGGACGAGGACCCGAACGAUCCGAACUUUGACAUCGAUGCGUACAACAGCAUGCACAACGUGGAGCUGAAGGAGAUCGUACCGCAGAUGACCGAGGCGGAGGUCGUGAAAAAGCUGGAAGCGAUCAUACUGGAGUAUUUCGAGCACGGUGACACGCACGAGGUGGCGGACGCGCUGGACGAUUUGCUGCAGCCGGGGAUGAAGCCGCUGGUAACGAAAACCGUCGUGGCCGUUGCCUUCGAUCACAAGCAGUCGCAGCGCGAGCUAACAUCGGUGCUGAUUUCCGACCUGUACGGGCGCAUUGUAACGCGCGAAGACAUCUGUGCUGGUUUCGAUUUGCUGCUGGCGAAUCUGCCCGAUAUUAUGCUCGACACGCCCGAUGCGCCCCAUCUGCUCGGCAAUUUCAUUGCCCGUGCGGUGGCGGACGACUGCAUACCGCCCAAGUACGCGUACCAGUCAGACCGGGAAGAUUUGGACCAGCACGGCCAGUCGGCCCUGGUCCGGGCGACCACACUGCUCUCGAUGCACGACGGCUGGGGCCAGCUGGACAACGUGUGGGGUGUCGGCGGUGCCCUGCGUCCGGUCAAAACCAUCACCCAGCAGAUGUCGUAUCUGCUGCAGGAGUACCUGCUUUCACGCGAUCUCAGCGAAGCCCAGCGCUCGAUCAAGGAGCUGGAGGUGCCGCAUUUCCAUCACGAACUGAUCUAUGAGGCAAUCAUAAUGACACUGGAGGCGUUAAGCGAGUCCACCGAGGUGGCCAUUUGCGAGCUGUUCCGUACGCUCGACAGUACCUGCAUCGUAACGCCGGAACAGAUGGAGCAAGGGUUCCGGCGCGUUUACGAGGAUAUGACGGACAUUGUGCUCGACAUCCCGCUCGCCUACUCCAUACUGGAUCGCUUCAUCCAGCGCUGCCAGCGCGCCGGCUCGUUCCUGAGCGAGGCGCUCAUCAAAGAUAUUCCCACCCGGGGCCGCAAACGUUUUGUGUCCGAGGGCGACGGUGGUAUGAUCAAGCAGGUCAAUAUCCAUCAUGAUUUCUAG